AUGACACGGCGUAAAAAUGUCAAAGGUAAAUAAGACUUGUUUUUGCGCCUUGUUCUGCUUCAUGAAAAAUAAAAUGAAAUGCAAAUCCCUUUUUGUUUUUAUAACUGGUUUUUUAUAGAGGAAGGCUUGAACGAUCCUCUGGCCAACGUCGAACAAUUCAACAUCAUUCAGUUCCUCGCGGCAGAGAACGAGUAAGUUGUUUUUUGGGCUGGUUGGGCUUUUGGGAAGUUAUUAUGAAAAAUGUUGCCAAAUGUGUGAAAAAAUGUAUUUUUGUAGCUCAAAAUGAUUGUAAUUUUUGAAAAAGUUGUUUAAAAUUAUUCCAGAUUGCGAAAUUUUCAUUCAAAUUCCAACCAAAAUAAUUAAUGUUUGGAAGUUCUUUGAAAAAUGCAAAAUUUCAUUAAUGUUUUUAUAGCCUCAUCAAAAAUUGAAAAAUUCCAAGAUAAAACAUUUUUAUCAUCAAAUUCGAAGAUCAAGCUUCGCUCAAAACUUCUCAUAAUUAUGUCUCGAAAAAAAUUCAUAAAAAUUAGAUUCUGGGUUUCAAACUGCGUUGUUCGGGCUGAAAAUUUCGAAAUAUUUUUCUAGAUUUGCCUUACCUCUCGACGACCAACUUGAACCUAAUAACGCUGCCCUUGUCGCUGCUCAACAAAUGAAACAUGAAGUCAUCGAUCCACAACACAAUCAUCCAACAAUGUUCCAGUUGACUGGACGACUUCCAGAAUCACCACCAAUCACAGAUAUCUCUGGAAAUGGAUCAUCUGCAUCGCCUUCAAGCAAUCCAGAUGAACCAUAUUCUCCUGAUUUCCACAACUAUGCAGGUAAUUAUAUUUUUGAAUAUGAAAUAUUCUGAUUUUCUAAAAUUAUAAAUCAUUUUAGGACUUGCUGGUGGUCGUGAAAUGAAUGGUUUGAUCCUCGGUGCAAAUGAAAUUCAAGCCAAUGUUUUGAGAUCAGCAUUUGAGAGUAGAAAAUAUGAUAAUCGUAAUAAUCAACAACUCUCACCAACUGAAACCUCUGCUUGCUUUAUGUCACCAUAUCCACCAAGUGAACAACCAACACCACGAAGUUUCAUCCAAUCAGUCUCUCCAGAUGGUCAAAAUGAGAAUCGUGGUUAUCCUCUUCAUAAUUUGUAUAAUCCUCUCAAUGUUUCAUCAGAUGGAAGUAUUAAUAGUCAAGGAAGUGAUCCACCAAAUCGUAAAAGAUCUCGACUUGAUGCUGGAAUUGAUCCAACAUCAAUUUUGAAUGCUGCUUUACUUGGUCACGCUCCAAAUGCAGCAAGUCCAGUUGAAAGUUAUAUGGGAGAUGACAAUUUUGCACAACCAGUAAUCAAAUUUAAUAAAUUCCAAGAAGAAACUUGGAGCGAUUUAUAUGAUUGUCAUGGAAGAGCUUUGCAACAAUUGCAAGUUGCUGUGAUUGCUGAUAAAGGAUUCAAUUUUUCAGCAAAUGAUGGAUGUUUUGUCAAUCAAAAGAAAAAUCAUUUUCAAGUGAGCUUUUUCUCAAUGAAAAAUCUGAAAAUAUUAAAAUUUUGUAGUCUGACUACAAAUUUUGAGUUCUUUCAAUCAAUUUCACACUUUUUUUCUCAUUUUUUUCUCAAAUCAAAUAUUUUUCGUUAAUCGCUCUCUUCCUAAAAAUAUAUAUAAUUUUUCCAGAUAACUGUGAGUGUUGAAGCGACCGAUGCUAUGCCACCAGCAUUAGUGAAAUAUAAGGGAAAUUUGAUGCCAAUCACUGAAUUCAAACUUUCAUUUUGUGGAGUGAAAUCGGAAAUGACGUCAUCGGAAAUUUGCAUUAAGCAAUCAAGAACUGAUCGUAAACCACAUCCUCAUAUGCCAGUUAAUUUUGAGAUUCAAGAAAGAAGAAUGACAAAAGUAACAGUUCCUCGACUUCAUUUCUCAGAAACAACACUCAACAAUCAAAGAAAGAAUUUGAGACCAAAUCCAGAACAAAAAUAUUUCUUUUUGGUUGUAAGAUUAUGUGCAAGUGUUGCUGAAGAUACUCCAAUUCUUAUUCAAUCAUAUGCAUCAGAAAAAGUUAUUGUGA